AUGCUCGACGAAAUGAGCACACGAUACCUCGUUUUCGCUUUCAUCGGCAUUUUUGCGGUAUACGCGAAGCAUGUCGAGCUGCCCGCACCAUAUAAGGAUCACUGCAUUCUCGAUGACAAGAAGAAUCUCUACGAUCCGGCGAAAUCAUUCGAAAUUCCAUGGUUCGAGGUGAACCUCGAUGCUCCUCCACAAGAACGAUGGAAGCAAAUCGGAGCGGCGUACAAAAAGGAAAUUGCCGAUUUGAUUGGGGUUCUUAUCGAUUUGAUCACACCAGUCUUCCCGGAUGCUGUCAAAUUCGCCGAUGAUGUUUUUGGAGAACUCGCUCAAAAGCUUCCGCAACCAUACAGAGACGAGAUUAAGUCGAUUGCCGAGGUCACAGGAAUCCCAAUCGGACAGAUCACCAUGUACAACAUCUUCUAUGAAAUCUUCACCGUUUGCACUUCAAUCGUCGCUCAGGACGAGCGCGGACAUUUGAUUCACGCACGAAAUCUCGACUUUGGAUUGUUCAUGGGCUGGGACGCCAAUGUUCACGAUUGGCCGAUUUCGGCGAAACUCCGCAAAAUGAUCAUCAACGUGAACUGGAUUCGCGACGGUAAACUAGUGUUCAAAUCGAACAACUUCGCCGGCUACGUCGGUAUCUACAACGGUCUCAAGCCGAACGCAUUCUCAAUCACCGCCGAUGAUCGAUUCCAGUUGGCCGGCGGCUACUACGGCAUCCUCAAAUGGGUGUUCGGUUUGGAGCCGGAAGGCAAAUGGAUGUCGUGGUUGGCUCGCGAGACGCUCGAGCAGAAGACAACGUACCAGGAAGCCAAAGAGCACCUCAUGAAUACUCCGAUGCUCUCGCCAGUCUACUAUAUUCUUGGCGGACAUUUGCCAUAUGAGGGCUGCGUCAUCGCCAGAAGUCUCAAUGGAACUGCUCUUCUCACCGAAAUGGACAGCAGCAGUCCGGACGGAUGGUAUCUUCUCGAGACGAAUUACGACAUCGGCCAAGAGCCGCUUUACCUUGAUGAUCGCGAUACUCCGGGACAUCGUUGCAUGAAGAAGCUCGGAAAGAAGAACGUCGAUUUCGCUGGGCUUUUCAAUGUGCUCUCAUCGCGUACCAACUUGAACAAACUCACCACGUACACGGUGUUGAUGUCGACCGAAACCGGCAAAUUCGAAACAAUUCUUCAAUCGUGCCCUGGUGAAUGUUAUCCGUGGUAG